AUGACGCCGAGGGCCGGAGAUCCAGUCGAGAGCAGGUUAGCCGCGCAUGCUGCCGCUUUUAUCAGUGCCGAAGGUCCUGAUAUCCAUAUUGCAAUGGCGGGGUCCUCGAGGUAUGAUGAUGAUGAGCACCAAUUUGUGCCGCCGAACUUUCACAAGUCGCUUGAAGAACUUCUGAAACGCUACCUGCCCGAGAAUUUGGGCUUGCAGUUCCAAGAAGACGCAAAGCAACUUGAUGAGUUAGCCGACAAGCUCGCAAAUACUGAGGCUCGAUACACGGACCGCCAAAAGACGUUCUGGCAUUCGCUAUGGUACCAUGUGGGCGAUACCAAAGAUACUCUGGAUGCAUGGGUUGCCCUCAUUCCCAAUGAGUAUGGGUUGGCAGUCGUCAAGACUGGGCUGGCAGUGGUUUUCAAGCUGGCAGAAAAAUCUGCAGAGAGACGACAAAAGAUCGAAAGGACGUUCGUAGCUAUCCGAGAAGCACUUACUCGGGCCGAUCCGGCAAAGAGGAGCUUUCGGAGUAACGAGGGGAUCUGCGUUUCUGCGGACCAUUUGAACCAGUCUAUCGUGGAGUGCAUCGAGGAUAUGAUAUUAUUGACCUCUAAAGAGAAGACCUCGUGGAGACAGAAACUGGCCACUGCUCCCAAGUUCAGGCAUCGAACGCCACCACCGGAUCCUGACGUGAUUCUGGGCAAGUUAGAAGAGGCUCGGAAGGAAUUCGAGCGAGUGAUCGAUCUGGUACGGGACAAUGUCAUCGAAGGUACAGGGCUUCUGACUCAGUCAAUGGCGAUGAGAUUGCCCGGCAUGCAUCGCAAUGUUCUGGAGACAAAUGAGAGCCUCAGGGUGCUCAGUGAGAGGCAGGAUGAGCGGGAUAAGGAUUACAAAAGGGGCUAUGAGGCUUUUUACAGCAUGCUCCAUCAAAUUAGGGCAGAUACACAGAAUAUCGUUGCAAGGGAGAACAAUAGGCAGAACAGCCUGGGAAUAAGGGAGCAAGAGACUGGUCAGGUUAUAACAAGAAAUGAAGUCCUCCAGAUUUUACUGGAGUCCAAGAGACAGCGAACCGAGAUUGAAAGGCUGCGGCGAGAGAUUCGCUACACCCGCAAGUCCAGACAGCUCAUCAAGGGUGAUCAACUCCUCUACAUCCUCACAGGGCUGCCAAUUUCCGACAAUUGCAAGCUAGCAGACCUAAGACAAAUGCUCCAACGACCAAACGAUGACCUGCAAAAGUGCCUUUUGUACAAGGGCAAGCUGAAUACAGAGACUCAGGGGCAAGUGCAAGAGUCCGUGUUGAGAAACAACCGAGUUCUGGGAUGGUUAAAUCGCCCAGAAUCCGAUCUUGUGCUCGUUGAUGCAAAUAUCGACGACCCCGGCAUGCCCAAGACAACGCCUAUGUCCGUAUUCUCUGCCACACUGGUUACCAGUAUGGUCACUGCACAUCCGGAGGAUGUCGUCGUUUUCCAUUUCUGCGGCCAACACUCCUUACCUAAGGACGCAUGGUACGGUCCAAAUGGACUGGUUCGCUUUCUGGCAAUACAGUUGCUGGUGAGGCUGCUGGAGAUGAAGCGCUGUGACCUCGACUGUAUCGACAGUUGGGACUUCGUCGAAGGGCUCGAGAACCACGACUUGUCGUGUCUAUGCCAUUUGCUGUACCAUCUUAUAGCACAGUUUUCCGCACAGACUACUGUCUACUGUGUCGUCGAUACUAUCUCUCUCUUUGACAACCCCAGGACGAUGCCAGAUUUGAAGGUCGUAAUGGACUGCUUCCACGGCAUUGUUAGCGACACCUCACUGAGCCCAGCAGUGAAGAUUUUACUCACAAACCCGAUGCACAGCAAGAGAACGAUGAAGCAAUUGCCAAUUUUCCAGGAUGACCCAACCCGCCUUGUCAAUUUGAUCCCAAAUACUCUUACAUCGGCAGUGCCAAUAUCGGAUCGAGUAGUUGGAAGGACCCUUUCACGACAGUCUCCAACCUCCAGGUACCGAAUGCGGGGCAGAUAUGGAGCCGAAUUCGACAGCACCUGGUGA